GGCUCGAGCUCACGUCGGCUCGAGCAGUCGAGUUGAGCGGGGACCGGUGCCCGGUGAGCGGAGGAGUGCGAUGGCCGUGAAGGCGCGGGCGCACCGCCUGUUGCUGGCACUGGGCCUGGGCUGCGCCUUCCUGGCGCCCACCUCCCGCGAUCGCGAUCGACUUGUGGCGAGGGCGACACAGGAGGCUGAAGUGGUUCAGCCCACCUCCUUCUCAGUGACCGUUGGGAGCUUCAGCGGAAGCCAGCCUGAGGGCAAGGUGGCGGUGAUCACCGGCGCCUCCGCCGGCAUUGGCCUCAGCACCGUGGAGGGCCUCGCGCGCAGCGGGAUCUAUGGCACCAUCGUGAUGGCGGGCCGCGACUCUGCGAAGCACCAGGAGGCCAUGGAGUCUCUGAGGGAGAAGCUGAGCAGAGCUUCAGGCGCGCUCGCGCGCCCGGUGGAGCUGCGAUUCCUGGAGCUCGACCUCGCGUCCUUGGCCUCAGUGCGAAGCUUCGAAGCGGAGUUCCGGCAGCUGAAAAAGCCGCUGCACACGCUGCUGCUGAACGCCGGGGUCAUGGCACUCCCGGAGCGCCAGCAGACGGCGGACGGCUACGAGUACCAGUUUGGCGUGAACCACCUGGGUCACUUCCUGCUGUGCAACCUGUUGCUGGAUGCUUUGCACAACAGCGGGGGCAGCAGUGACCCCUCCCGCGUUAUAGUGCUCAGCUCCUCCGCGCACCAGUUCCCCUCGAAGCUGCUCAAGGGGGACCUCACGGACCUGCAGUCCUUCGAGUACGCGCCCUGGACCGCCUAUGGGCAAUCCAAGCUGGCGAACCUCAUGUUCGCCUAUGAGUUGGACCGCCGGCUGCGGGAGCGCGGGCUGCGGGUGGUGGCCAACGCGGUGCAUCCCGGGGUGGUCAACACGGAGCUCUUCAGGCACGCGGGAGGCAAGGCGUCCGGGUUCCUGAACCAGCUGACGAAGCCGGUGCUGCCUUACGUGAUGAAGAGCCCAGCAGAUGGCGCGAAGACCUCGGUGCUGUUGGCCACGGAGGACUUGGGCAAGCUGUCGGGCCGCUACUGGCAGGACGGCCGCCCCACUGCCUCUGUCGACUUUGACCCCGCCAGCAAUUUGCCGGCGCCAGCGCAGGCGCUUCUGCCGUUCCCAAAGCUCACCUCCUACGACCCCGCGGUGUGGGGCGAGCUCUGGGAGGAGAGCGAGCUGCUGGUGGGCCUACGCUCGGAGGACGUGAGAUGCCUCUGAGGCACGGAAAGCGCUGGGCUUCCACCAAGCCGCCGCACGCCUCACCGUCGAGACGCAGCCGCCUCGUUGCUUCGGGCAUCGUUUUCCCGGGGCGGAGCCUUGAGGUCGAAUUUUCGCCCGGCAUUUUCGCUGUACAGACACGCCGGCCCGACACCGAAAAGAACAGCGCGUCUGGCGGCCCACAACCGGGCGGGGUGUCGGCCUUUCAUGUGUGGCAGGAGUCUCCUGGGUACCCUUCCGCCAUGAAGUCUCAUUUAUUCUGCACCUGGGAUGGUUCCCC